AUGGUGUUGGCCGGGGCUUCGCAGCGGCAGGGUGGCGGUGGCGACAGGGGCCGCAGGGCUUCAGGGCGGUGGCGCCGGGGCGCUGGGCAGGUGGUGGGGGCAGCGAGGCGCCGCGGCGGUGGGGUGUUCGGGCGGUGGGGCGGCGGGGCGCCGCGCUGUGGGCCGUUCGGGAAGCGGGGCGACGGGGCAAGGGGGCGGCGGCGGGUGGUGGGGCAAGGGGGGCGGCGGGUGGUCGGGGCGACGGAGCGAGGGGCGAUGGGUGGGCGGGUGGCGGGGCAAGGGGGCGGCGGCGGGAGGCGGUGGUUGUCGGGGAGGAGACAGAAACAGAGAGAUGGAGGGGCGGGGUGGGGCUCGGCCGUUAGUUAG